AUGGCGUACAUGACUCAACAAGGAUUUGAAAUACCCAAAAGAAAGCUUUUGAACUUAAAUGGAAAUCCAUACAAAUACUGGUUGUUCAGAAACAACUUCGAGGUCAACAUCGCUAAGAGGGUGCCGGACACCAAGAUGAGCUUAACUUACCUUAUUCAACACUGCGCUGGGAAGGUUAGGAAGCCAUUAAGAACUGUACUAUUAUUUCUGUACCAGAACAAGAUUACAGGAAAGCCAAAGAGAUCUUGUACCACAGAAUUGGACAAAAACACAAUUUUUGUUCAAGAAAUGUUACAGUCGUCAUGA